AUGUUCUCCGUGAUCUUAUUCAAGGACCGAGCUGUAUCCGACAGGCUGCAGUCACUGGUACUUCUCGCCGCCUGCACCCUCGGAAUCUUAUUGGUGUUAUACCACAUCUUUACUCUUGUUCAAUCUCUUCGAUCACCCCUUCGCAAGCUCCCAGGACCAUGGUAUGCCCCACUGACGACAUUAUACCUUCGGUACGCAUUUGCCAGGGGUACUAUCUGGAAGCUUGUCGAGUCCAAACACCAACAGUAUGGACCAGUCUUCCGGUAUGGUCCUCGACAAAUAUGGAUCUCAGACAAAGAUGCCUUGCGAACUAUUCUCCAGAGGGCGGAUCUCCCCAAGGUACAGAUGUAUGCCGAAAUCUCCCGGGAUGCUCACAGUCCGGGUCUGUUUGGGGAGGUGCGACCGGAGCCGCAUCGGAUUCUCAAGGGCUUCCUAUCACCGAGGCUUACGGUAGCAGACGUCGACGAAGAAGGUCAUCUCUUUGAGAAGUGUAUCGGGGAUCUGAUUGCCAAAUACUACCAGCUCACCAAGGGUAAGGCAAAGACAGAUGUGGUCGCGACCGACUUGAUGAUGGAUUUGCAUGGCGUGGCGCUUGACAUCAUGGGAGAGUGUUCCUUUGGCCGAGGCUUUGGUCAAACACCCCCACUCAAGGAAGAGUACUUGGGAAUGGAGGACCGCAUCUGGGUGCAAAUCCUCCACUCCAUCUUCCAUGGCUUGACUCGGAGAUACAAGAUGGUCUACGUCAAGCGAUGGUUACGAGGCCUCGGGAUAAAGCUGUGCUUCGACUGGCCUGCGGAUAUGAUCCAGGCCAUUGAUGCUAUCGUUAAGGAACGCUCCUACUGCAAAGACUACUCUCAACCAGAUCUACUUCAACAUUUUAUCGACAGUGGCACCCGACCAGGUUCGUCCGCGCCAAUGAACACUAGGGAUAUUAUAGACCAGCUGUCAGAGAUUCUCCUAACCGGGUCGGAGACCACUUCUGGAACCAUUGCAUGUCUCUUUCGCGAACUCCUGCACAUUCCCGAAAAGAAAACAAAGCUACUGGAUUCACUCCCGGUACUUACUGCCACUGAUCCAAUUAUCAACAGCAAGACAGUGCGAACAGAGCCCGAAUUUCGCUAUCUAGAUGCCUGCAUCAAAGAGACGCUGCGAUUGCACCCGAUUGCGAGCGAGAUGGGUCGCAAAACUGGCAAGGACUGUUGUGAACUCGCGGGAUACUCAAUCCCGCCGGGAAACGUCGUAUCUGCUAGCUAUAGGCAUCUGCAUCGCAACCCGGAGUUCUGGCCCAAACCAUUGAAGUUCUGGCCGGAAAGAUGGUUAGAAAAUGAGAAGGCUCGUGACGGUGCUCCGGAGCCCGAUCCCUAUUACCCAUUUUCUGCGGGCAAGCACUCCUGCAUUGGAAUCAAAUGCGCGUGGGCGGAGAUGCGUAUGGUCGCUGCAAAUGUUUUCUCGCGGUUUGAUCUCGAAGAUAUUAGGAAUCUGCACAUUGAUUUCCGGCAAUACAUCACAAUGCAGCUGGAGAACGGCUCACACAAGGUGGUGUUGAAGCAGCGGCUCUAG